GGGGGCUGCGGGGCGGGGGAGGGGGGCGAGGAGGAGUGCCGCCUUCCCUGGUUCUGCCCGAGGCCCCCAGGCAGGGCAAGGCAAGGCGGGGCAGGGCGGGGCGGAGGAGGCGGGGGCCCAGGUGCCCGAGCAGGCGGCGGGAAGGAGGAGAGGCGCACCAGGCCACUGCUUGGCCGCCUGCGGAACUCCUGGCCACCGCCGGGGUCUGCCUCGCCGUCUGCCCCGCUGGAGCGACCGUAGCCGCCCCGUCGAUCGCUGGAGCUGCAGCCCCGAUCGCCGCAGAGUCCCCCACCGGCCCCGGCCGCCUUGCGCUGCCCUCCCUGUCGUGGGCAGGAGCCGCGCUGUGCAGGGCCCGCCGCCCAGGAGGAGCCCGCAGGAGACAUCAGACCUGCCUGCCAGGUGCCCGGAUCCGGAUGCUCUUGCCAGGCCAGGGACCGGACACUUGAUCCACGAAGGUCAGAGUGAUUAAUCCCAAUAAGGAGGCUGUUGACGGAGGUGCUCCUGGCCCUGCCCAGCGCUGGAGCCUCAGGAACGGCCUCGCAUUCCCUGCAGCCUCGUUCCCAGCACAGAGUUAAGCUGCUCUCCGAACUGGCUUAGUUGACGAUGGAUCUGCCGCCGCCACUUCCGUCCGAAGAUGGGAGUGGACCAGGUUCCAAAAUGACCCUGAAGAAGUACCUGGUGAAGGCCCUGCAUCGACUCCAGAAGGGCCCCGGCUACACCUACCGGGAGCUCCUUGUCUGGUACUGCAACAACACCAACACCCACGGCCCGAAGCGCAUCAUCCGCGAAGGCCCCAAGAAGAAGUUUGUCUGGUUCAUCCUGACGCUGCUCUUUGCCUCGCUGGUGGUCUGGCAGUGGGGCAUCCUCGUCAACUCUUACCUCUCCUACAACGUCACCGCCUCCUUGGCCAUCGGCUUCAAGAGCAUGACCUUCCCGGCCGUCACCAUUUGCAGCGCCAGCCCUUUCAAGUAUUCCAAGGUGAAGAACCGGCUGAAGGACUUGGACGCCCUCGUGGAAGUGGCCCUGGAGCGGCUGCUGCCAUCCGGGCCGCAGAACGAGACCUCGGCCCCCCCGGCCAACACCACGCGGAGGCUGAACUUGGAGCUCUGGGGCCAAAUCCCGCUGGUGGUCAUCGCCGAGAGCCCAGGGGCCGAGCCGGUCGUCACCGACAUCCUGGGGAAUGGCUCUGCUGGCUCGGGAUGGCGGCCUGCCUCCUCCUCCUCGGUGGAAGGACCCCAUUACAAGCUGGCUGUGAAACUGUGUCGUCGGAACGGCACCGAGUGCGAGUACCGGAACUUCAGCAGCGCCGCCCAGGCCGUGACUGAGUGGUACGUCUUGCAGUCCACCAGCCUCCUCUCCCGGAUGUCCAUGAAAGAAAAGAUCAGGGCGGGAUACCAGUCAAAGGACAUGAUCCUGGCCUGUCUGUACGGGGCCCGGCCCUGCAAUGUCAGAAACUUCACCCACCUCUACCACCCGGACCACGGCAACUGUUACAUCUUCAACUGGGGCAUGGAGGAAAAGCAGCUCAUCUCUUCCAAUCCUGGGGCAGAGUUUGGACUGAAGCUCAUCCUGGACAUCAACCAGACGGACUACCUGCCCUUCCUCACCACCACUGCUGGGGCCCGCCUCAUGCUGCACGACAGGAAAAGCUUCCCCUUCCUCAAAGACGAGGGCAUCUUCGCCAUGGCCGGGACCGAGACCUCCAUUGGGGUGAUGGUGGACGAACUGCAGCGGCUGGGGAAUCCCUACAACGACUGCACCGCCAACGGGUCCGACAUCCACGUGAAGAACCUCUACGAAAACUACCUGGCACUGCAGGUGGAAAUGAAGUCCUGCGGCAACUGCACGUUGGAGGAAGCCACUAAGAGGAUUGCAGCAACAAGCCAGCGUAGAACAACGUAUUCCAUCCAGGCGUGCCUUCGGUCCUGCUUCCAGCAGCAGACGGUGGACACGUGCCGGUGCGGCCACUCUGCGUUCCCUCUGCCCGAAGGAGCUGAGUAUUGCAACAACAACGACUAUCCGGAUUGGGCCCACUGCUAUUCCUCCCUGCGAAGGAGUCUGAGCCAUCGGCAGUUUUGCAUCGAGUCUUGCAAGGAAACCUGCAACAACACCCAGUACAAGAUGACCAUUUCCAUGGCUGACUGGCCAUCAGAAGCUUCCGAGGACUGGAUUUUCCGCAUUUUAUCCUAUGAAAGGGAUAAGUCGCAAACCAUCACUCUGAACAGAAGCGGCAUCAUCAAGCUGAACAUCUAUUUCCAAGAGUACAACUACCGAACCAUCUCAGAGGCAGCCGCCACGACGAUUGUGUGGCUCCUCUCGACUCUGGGGGGCCAGUUCGGCUUCUGGAUGGGGGGCUCCGUCCUGUGCCUCAUCGAGUUCGGGGAGAUCAUCAUUGACUUCCUGUGGAUCACCAUCCUGAAGCUCAUUGGCUGGUGCAAAGGGCUGAAGAGGGGGAAAGCCAAGGCGCCGGAGACGGAGAGGCCCCCCACGGCAGCACGAAGGGUGGAGGGCCACUCCAACCUGGCCUUCCAAGAAGAAGAGGCCGCUGAGAGUCCGGAGGCUGAAGCCGCGUGUGAACCGGGCACCCCCCCGCCCAACUACGACUCCCUCCGCGUGUCCCCCGUGGACGUGGGCGACCUGGACAGCGACGGGGAGGGGUCCUUACCUGACCAGAACACAGUUUAAAGACCUCUGCCCCCCAUGAAGCAGGAGAGCCAAAGAGCCGGGGGGGGGGGCGCCUCUCCACUUCUCUGCAGGGGGGCAGUUGCUGCCCCAGCCCCAUGGGGAUCUCUCCUGCAGCACUGGGGUGAGGUGGGGUCCAGGAGUUUGGGAGGGAGUUACCCUUGGCUGCUUUCCCACCAGACCAUUGGAGAGACAGCUUCAAGGGUAGAUGAUGGGGGCUUUGGGAAGCCAAGGGGGGGUGGGGGUGGCAAUUAGUAGGGCCUGAAUGUGGGACACAGCUUUGGGGUUUUGGUCCCAAAUGGAGCGUCCCGCCCCCGUCUCGCCUCGUCCCUUCACUGGUGGGAGCUGGCAUCAGCUGGCAACUUUGCUGGGCUGGCAGCAGAAGGACCAAAUCGAUGAUGACCCCACCCACCCACCCACCCCAAUCUGGGGGAAAGAGCACACCUGUUAGUUUGCUCUGGAAGAAAGCAGCGUUUUACAGACCAAUAAAGAUGCCGGCUGCUGGAA